AUGGCCUCUAAAGGUCCCUUCCAACCCAAACCGUUCUGUGAGAAUUCGGUGACUCUGCAGUGGGUUACACCUACCGGUGCGUUAGGGGAGCAGGGCGGCUUCUCCGGAGGACCGGCCCCCCUCGCCGGCGGCCGCCCCGCCUCGCCUCGCCUCGCCUCGCCUCGCCUCGCCUCCGGCCGCGGCUGGGCCGGGCCGGUCCCGGGGCCGGGGCUGGUGCCGGGGCCGCCGCCGCCGAGGCAGAGCGUCCCGCCGCUCCCCGCCGCCCUGGCCAUGCUGCCGUCGCGCCUCCGCCCGGGCCGGCUCCUGCCGGCCCCGCUCCGCCUGCCCGCCCCGCGGGGAGCCGCCGCCGGCGGGGGGCCCGCCCGGGGCCCGGGCACCACCCGCGCCGAGCAGGCUCACAAGGUGGUUGCAAGCUACAAACCUUCGAAGUUUGACAAAAAAAUCCUCCUCUGGACUGGACGUUUCAAGACAGAAGAAGAGAUUCCUCCGAGGAUCCCGCCUGAGAUGCUAGACAGGGCAAGAAACAAAGCUCGAGUUAAAGCUUGUUACAUCAUGAUUGGACUCUCAGUUGUCGCCUGUUUCGCAGUGAUCGCCUCAGCUAAAAAGGCUGCUGCGCGUCAUGAGUCCUUAACAAGCUGGAACCUGGCAAAGAAGGCCAAGUGGCGGGAAGAGGCCGCGCUAGCAGCGAAGUCCAAGACAAAGUAACUUAGUAUGAAAUGCCAAAUCUCCUUGUAGGAGCAGAAUUGCUGAGUGAUUAGUGAAUUUCACCAAUAAAUGGAAAACCAUAGUAUUGCACACACUGGAACCAACAAGGAUCGUUACAGGAUCACAAAAAGAAAUGGAGGGUCUCUUUUCCUAAAGAGAUACACACUGUACUUUUUGCAGAUUACUAAAAUCAGGAUGUUUUGCGCAUGAUUAAAAGCAGUAGUUAAUUUCAAAGGAGAUGAGGUAGUUUCCUGAGAAUGUCAGGUACGGGGGGAACCAAGUUUCCACUAUCGGUCUUAAAAACUUUCUUUCAGGCUUAUCUUGAGCUGUUACACAGAGAGGAGUUCCUUACAGAAAAACUAGCUGUAUUUUUCAUUGAAAGGUUAAAUGCAGCAAAGACCAAGCAGUAAUGAAAUGAAGGUACGAAAACUGCAAAAAUAAGGAGACUUAUGCAAUUCACUUUUGCGAUUGUAAAUAAAGAACAAACUGUAAUCAGCCAGAACGUUACCCAGCUUAAUCACCAAGAAGAGAAGGUUUGGAGAAGGGAGGGAAGGGGAAAUGGCCUGGGAACUCCGCAAGUUCUCAAGUCCUUCCCAAAGUGGUCAGUUCUGCAGGCAGAGACAGGGCUGUGAUUAUCGUACAAGCGUAUGUUUGGUUUGAUUUAAACAAAACAUGUUUUAAACCAAAAAGUUUUUUGUCUGGUGACAGUGCCUAGUUUUAGAGCGCACAAAUCAGCCAGUUUGAAUUCAUUUGCCUCGAUGCUGCAUUCAAAAUGGCAUUUGUGUUUUCUAGCUGAAGAAGCCACACUUAUUGAAACACUAAAUAAAUACAAUAAAUGUCUGUAAAAUAGGUUUUAUUUGUUUCUGUAUGGUAUUUGGAGAUUUAACAUUCCAUAAUAUUGCAUACUACUCAUAUGUGUUCUGUUACAGUAACGGGCCUUUGGCCUGGAUUUAAAGAUGCACUAUUACUAUCUGAAGUUAGUAUAGGUAUUUUAGUUUCCACACAUUAUAUGGAGGUAUUGUGCCAUAAGUAACUGAAAUUUCUCAUUCCAGAUUGCAGUGAUCUCUUGAGGUCACAGUUAAAUGUCACACAUCAAUUGGCAGACCUACUACAAAAAUCCUCAGUUGUACAAUUUAAUAAAUUUAAACCAACUGAGAACUAACCGUGGAGGAGAGACAAUAGUGCAUCUUUUCUGUUUGUGUUUUUUUUUUAAAAAAAAAAAACAGACAGACCCAACAAUAAAUAUUUUCCAGUUGAAAACUUGUUCUACAGCUAACUUAUUUCUGUGCCAACAUUAUUACUAUUUUCUGACUGCUGCUAGCAACAGUGUUUAAAGCAAAUACUAGAAAAUUAAAAAGCUGUAUGAACCAGUCCUCGGACAAAAGUGCAACGAUGAAAAAAUUUGAUAUGACUCAGUGUAUCAAGAGUAGGGAACUCAAAAAAAAAAAUCUUACGCUUUGCAUAGUUGCAUAGAUUAGCUAGUUAGUAUUCACAUUUAAGCAGAACAAAUUAAAACCGAAACCACAAAACCCAAACCCCUGUAUUUUGAAACAUCCUUUGUAACUGAGGGGGCACUUCAGAUUCCACAUAAAAUACCAAACUUAGAGAUUUUCUUCUUUCAGUUUUUUUUUUUCCCCCUCCACACUGUGUUCAUCUGUUUAGGCAACAUCAUCAUAUUCACGCCCCUGCCUGACCAUAAGUCAUCUCCUCUGCUUUCACAUUGUUCAUUUAUGUGCUUUUUGACAAAGCGUGGUGUAAACCCAGUGGUAAGAUAGGAGAAGCCAUCCUGUAUGUUUAUACUUUAAAGAACUUUCAUUAUUAUUUCUUAACAAUUUUAAGGUAAACCAAAUGUUGAGAUUAAAUAACGAUUUUCAUUAGCUAAAGUCCAUCAAUUUUAGUUCCCUUUUAAACCUUUACAUUUAAAUGGACCAGAGGCAUGAAAUAUAGUUUAUCUAAAUGCUUAAAGUGCAGCCACUAACCAUUCACACAUACAGAAUAACAUAUCCACAAAACUGAAGACAUUCUUUCAAAACAAAUAUAAUACUUUAAAUGUCCCCUCUUCUCUUCAUUUUUCAAGUCUUUUAAUCAUGAUUUUUAUAGUUCAGAUUUGGUUUAAAUUUGAGAGGCUUAUAAAUGCAGUUUUUACAGGGUUCUCCAAAUAAAAAGCAGGCACAGCUGGUUAUGUUAUCAAAACAAGGUUGUCAGAAACAAUGGAAUACCCUGUUACCUGAAUUAUUUUCUUGUACUAGAAGAACACUGAAAUUCAGCAUUUACUAGUAAUCCUGGUAGAUUUCUAAGAUUUUUACCCUGUACUUUGAACAGAUGGGGCUGGGGGGUGCAGUGGAAGAAGGAGAGUCAGUAUAUGAAAACCUAAAACUAUGAGAGUAAAAAGGGCACAAAUACAAUCGUCUAACAUUAUAUGAAAAUUUGGCAG